AUGUCUAUGAAUCCUGAAGCUUUACAGAAACUUUUGAUUGAAAUGGACAAUCAAUUAAACGUUUCCAGAGCGGAAUUAUCCAUGUGUAAUCUACAAUUAGAUAGGGUUAAUACAAACUUAAAUCUCAUUCAACUGACUAAUAAAUCAUUAAAUAAAGUAUGCAAUACAAAGGAUAAUGAAGCAGUGUGGCAGGGUAUUGGUAAAGCUUUUGUUAAAAAUGAUGUGAAUUCUUACUUGAAAGAAAUGUCUCAAGACGAGAAGGAAUUUAAUGAAAGCAAGGAGAACUUAUCUAAAAAGAAGAAUUAUUUAGAGACUACUUUAGACAAGACUCUUGAAAACAUGACCCAAAUCGUUGGAAAUGUGAAGAAAUAG